AUGAACAGAAUAUGUACAACUUUAGUUGUUGUAAAUAUUUUAGAGUUUUUUCCAUGGAUAGAUGAUUUGCUUAAAUUAAUGUAUUUGAAUAGAUUAUGGAGAGAUACUAUUUUAGAUGUUAUAAAAAAUACGAACUUUUUGAUUGUAAAAAAUUUAAUGCGUUUAAAAAAUAAAAAGUCUAUUUUAUUAAUAUUAAAAUAUAUGAACAGUUCUCAUAAAACUUAUAGAAGUAUAUCUGACUAUUUUAACUGUCCAAGUUGUGAGAAUUUUAAAAUAUCCUCAUUUCCAAAUACAUUAGGAUUAAUUAUUAUUUCAUGUAAUUUAAAUCCACCAUUUUUUAACUACAUAAAUCAUAUAUUUCCUAAUUUAAUUUAUUUUAAAUUAAUAAUUAGAUCUCCCAUAUGUAUACCUUUAUUAAAAAAUUUUUGUUUUAAUUCUAAAAAUUUGAGGUAUAUUGCUAUUUGCUUUGUAAACGAUGAAUUAUGUGAAGAAUAUAAAGUUAAGUUAAAAAAAAGUAUAAACAAUUUUCUUUUUCAUUGGCACAUUAAUAUAAAAUUAAUAACAGAAUAA